UCCGUCAGUCGCUGUUCCGACGCAGACCGAACAGGAGCUCUGACAACAACCAAAAAAGAGAAAGCGAGAACCGCUUUCACUUGCACGAUCUUUUUUUUCUCAACCAAAUAGCUCAAUUGUUGAACAGCAGUGCGGUUUCUUUUUUAAACUACAGUUUUGCAGUGUCAAGUGCUUUUGGAAUCAUUGACCAAAUCCAGCAGAGACCGGACGGUCUCUCUGUUUAAACGAAAAGAUGUGGCAGCGCCCAAGGUUAGCACUGAUCUUGGUGGUGGCGGCCCUAGUGUCUCAUAUCGCGCAAGCUGGAGGAACGGAGAGCCCUGGUCACAACAAACGUCAAGCAGCCAGAUGGAGAUGGCCGGAUGAGAUACCAUCUCGGGUGGGCGCUGGUCGCUUGAUACCCGUCGUAAGGCCGGCAGCUGAUAAACUCCAAUUGCAACCCCUCGCCCCAGAGCAACCUUGCGACAAAUCUACUACCCACGAUCGAGCCCCAAUUGGCAAUGUGCCGAAAACGAGUCACGUUCCAGGUACGGUAAUUAACAAACCAGCCACGACGGUUGUGGCACCUUCGCUUCCUCCCAUUCCGGCCAAGGCAACGGUGGAAGCGGUUAAGGUGACGACCGAUUCCGAUAAAGAAAAACCGGCCGCCACAAGCGCAAAGAAUUCAACUGGAGUGCCUCUUCUAAAGGAUGCUGGAAAGCCAGGAAAUCCAUACAUCCUAUUGAACGACAUUUUCCCACCCAAAAACAGCAUCCGCACCAAGGAACAGGAGGAAGCAAAUCUCAAUUCGCUACAGCACAAAGAUUUGGGUGGACUCGAACCCAGCGAGGUCUAUUUGGCCGACGACGACCUCUUUGUCGUCAGAGGAUUCAAUUUCAAGAAACCUUACACGGCCGAUCCUCCUGGACCACCCAUUAGUGAUUAUCAAGCUCCGGCGCCUUUGCCGCCCCCUCCUCCAGAGCCUGGAACUGUUUUCUAUCCCAGUAACGAAACGGAUGCUACUUUCAAUUUUUUCAAUCCCGAUUUCAAUAGCAAAAAUCCGAGCGAUUUGCCAUUUUUCCCUUUUAUUCCGGGCGGAUUGGGCGAAAGCAACGAACAGCCACCCAAUUUCCCCGAAGAUCCAAACUUCCUCCCUUUCCCUUUCUUGCCACCGCCUGCUCCCCAUUGGACCGAAGAAAAAGAAUUUAGCGAUAACGACAUCAGAGAUCCGUUCCAGUCUGCUGGCCCAACUGGCGGUAAUUUCCCCUUCCCUCAGGGUGGCCCGCCACCAGGACAAGGAUUCGCUUUGUUCAACGGCACGCAAGGACCACCGCCACCAUCUGGAUUGAACGGCUUUCCCGGUGGAACGCCACCAUUUCAAGCUGGAAAUCCUCAAGCGGGUCCACCAGGAGGACUUCAACGGCCGCCUGGAUUUCCACCUGGAGCACCAGGGGGCUUCCGACCUGCAGCUCCGGCAGACCUUCCACCAGUAAACGGUCCCAAUGCUAACGUUACGCUCGUCGAUGACGAAGAAGACGUACCGUUUACUCCCUUAUUUCCCGAACGGCCUGUUGAGUUCUACUACCCCACACACAACACAACAGCUCAACCACCUGGUCCUUUCGGACCCGGAAUUUUCGUCCCACCUCCCGUUCACUUCUUCGCCCCACGCAACAGUUCCGAAGUAAUCAACGUAGAGAUUUCACCAAAGCUGUUCCUUCCGCCCUUCAACUUACCCAACUACUAUAAAAAAGUUUCUCCACCAGCUGCCCGCCCACCCCAACCGCGGCCACAUAACAUUCCUCCACCGGGGCAUUUGCCAACCGGCCAACUUGAUGGUCUACAUGGUUUUAAACAACACGCUCCGAAAGUGCCAGCUUACACGCCGAUUGCGCAUAAACCGCCCACCAACCCGAUCAAACCGAUUCUUGCUGUUGAUUCCAACCCGCAGAUCGCGCCAAUAAAAGCUACCCUGUUCGACACGUCAUUCAAAGAAGUGAGCAAAGUGCCCCAAGUUGUACAACAGUAUCAACCAUUUGGAUACAGUUAUCAACAAGGCUACCCACCGUUUUACAUACCGCAAGAUCCUAUUGCAGGAAACCAAAAUCCUGUCAAGUUAUCCGUGCCCCAAUCUACUCAGCCUAACCACAACGUUCCCAGUCAACAACACCCUGCUUAUUUGCCAAUAAAAACGGCCCCAGUCAGCUUAGAAAGCGACAUCAACGUCAACUUCAAGCCGCCACGGCCGGCCAUCAACCCCGACAGUGAGAUCAUCGACCCUGAUUUGCUCCGCCCCAACCCACCGCAGAACUGGAAUCCAUACGCAGCUAUCUAUGCCCAUCAAAUUCAACACCCAAAAUACGAAAGUUUGAGUCAACCGACAGACCAGCAGCCGACGGUUACGACAAGCAAUAGAGAAAAACCAGCAAAUUUUGUUGCAGUGUACCGCAUCGGCGGGGGUAGCUAUUCGUACAAUCUGGGAGGAAGGCGAUGAUGGUCUAAUUAAUUUUUUUUUAAACUUGACAAUACAUUCCAAUCGAAUUUUCAGUGUUUCUCAUCUUUUCUCAUUGCUUUUUUUGCUUUUUACUGUUUUGCCCGUUCAAGUGUUGUACAGUCAUUACUCGUGUAUGCAAUUUCGACGGAGAAACAAUUAAUCGAAAUACAGGUCGUUGGAACCGGU